AUGCCAUUUCAAAUUGUUGAGAGGCCAGACUUUCUGAGGCUGAUGAAGGUUGCCAUGCCUCACUACAAAGUUCCAUCACCAACAUUAUUUUACAAGACUGAAAUCCCAAACCUGUACAACCAGGUUAAAGCUGAUGUUGGAAAAGUUUGGCUCAAAGGCACAUGGUUUGCUGCAACUACUGACCUCUGGACCAGUGAAAGCAGGGGUGGUCAACCCUACAUCAGCUUCACUAUCCAUUACCUCACCCCAGACUGGCAACUGGAAUCAAACUGCCUGGAAACACAGUUCUUCCCAGAAGAUCACUCAGCUCACAACAUCAGAGUUUUUGAGAAUAUGCUGGAAGACUGGGGAAUCAACCAGAAAGACCUGGUCUGCAUAACCACAGACAACGCAACAAACAUGAUCAAGGCUUUUGAAGAGUUCCCAGAUCUGUGGCUUGGGUGCUUUGGCCAUAAUUUGAACUUGGCCAUCUCAAAGGCUCUGAAAAUUCACAGAGUUGACACAGCAGUCAAGGCCUGCUGUCAUCUGGUCCAAGGCUUCUCACGGAGCUGGAAGAGAAGGAGAAAACUGAGAGAAAAGCAAGCUGCCCUCAACAUGCCACAGAAGGCUCUGAUCCAUGAUGUGGUGACUCGAUGGGGAUCUACACACAAGAUGCUUGAGCGUUUCCUCAGCCAACAGCAGCCAGUCUGUGAGACACUGGCUGGAGAAAGAGGAACAUGGCAUCUGAUGCACAAGGACGCUGACAUAAGUGUCAUGGAAUGCACUUGCCUCAGAGACACGAGGGCAGCCAUCAAGCCUGUCCUGGACCACAUCACCCGUGAUGUACUGGUGGAAAAGGAUACAGAGCCAUCCCUGACCAAGGAGAUAAAACGUGUAAUGAGAAAAGACCUUAACAGAUACACAGAGAAGGCAAAGAGAGUCAUGUACAUGGCUUGUUUCAUUGACCCCCGCUUCAAAAUUAGCUUUUUAGAUGAGCCUGAGGCUGCAAAAGUUGACACUGACAGCUGUGUCCAGGAAGCCUUGAAGCUGGCAGCUGCACAAGUCAGGGAUGAACCACAAAGCACCAGCAGCACCUCCACCACCCCCACAGCGGCAUCGGAGGGGAAAGGCCUCGCUGGGUUGCUGAGAAACAUUACCUCAACAAGUCAGCAGAGAGGUGAAGAGGGUCAGAUUCCGACCACCCCAGAAGACAGAGUGAAAGAAGAGAUCAGGGUCUACCUGUCUCUGCCACCCAUUUCAGCAGAAGAGGAUCCACUGGUGUGGUGGAGGGGCCAUGCAUCAGAGCAGCCUCACCUUGCCAGGGUUGCCAGGGAGAUUUUGUGCAUCCCAGCAACCCGCAUGCCAUCAGAGUGUUCAGUGCCAGCGGGCACAUCGUCUCCCCUCGCAGAUCACUACUUAAACCGGACAAAGUAA